AAUUCUCGUCAACGCUACUCUAGUCAUAUAUACCCCCCUUUUGUUUAGCUUAUAUCGCGAAAUAUAUCCAGAAUCUCCAUUCCAGCACUUGUUCAUUUGUUUUUACUAGAUACCCAACAUCAUCAUUUCCUUCUAACUUUCAAAUCUUCUUACUUUUCAGCUGACGCUUCAAUUGGAGUACAAGGUUAUCAUCAUAUCAUCAUAUCAUCAUUAUUUGGCAGAAAGGGGAAAACGUGUCUUUCACAACCUUUUAUUUUAAUUUUUUGUUGUUUUCGGAAACCUUUUUGAAAUUGGGAGUAAAUUUCAUUAUUUCUAUCAAGUCAUCAUCUGAUCAUCAAAAGACAUCUGACAUCUCUCGUUUUUUCCAAAAACUAAAAUAUUUUUCAUUCCUUCACCAGUAAUUAGCCAGGCUGAGUUAUUUGAUAACUCAAAAGUGGGAGAAUGCUCCCAGUCCUUCAUGUCCCUGCAAUGAUCUCUGAACCUACAAAACGUCGAUUGGAAAGUAAAUAUGCCCCAAUUGCACCUCAAGGAGGUGAGCAAUAUAUUCAAGCCCACAGUCAAGCAUCAUGUUCAAAUGCUCAUGAUAGGGUGGUGCCUGAGCAUCAGGUACAAUCUUUAUCAUUGGGAAACUUAUCUCCAAAUCAGCAGAGUUCUCGAACUCUACCUUCGAGAGAAGUUACAGACGAGAAUUUUGACGAUGCCUACGUAGGCUUCAUCAUGUACUGCAAUCCCACUGUGGCAUCAGACACCGAUACUGCUGAACUCAGGCGAAUAUUUCGGGCGCCCCCAAAAAGUGAUAACAAGAGUUUCAGCACUUUUAUAUUAUUCGAAUUGAUUCGUAAAUUAGAGAAUAAGGAAAUUAAAACAUGGGCACAACUGGCAAUAGACCUAGGGGUUGAGCCUCCUGCUUUGGAGAAAGGUCAAAGCGCCCAAAAGGUACAACAGUAUGCGGUUAGGCUCAAGGUAUACAAGUCAAUCUUGGAAUCUCGAAUGUUGAGCUAACGAUAUCUAGCGGUGGUUGCAUGCGAUGCAUGUUGAUGCUUUCUUUGAAUAUUUAUUGAACAAACCCCAUGUAUAUUGGACGCAGGUACCAUCACCUAAUGAACCACCAUCGGAGCUUGGCCGAGACGGAGUUACUGCUGAUGAAGAUUUGGCUCUUCGUGCUUUGCUUCCGGAGACAAGGCCUAAGCGCGGGCGGAAGAAGGCUGAAGAUAGGGAAGAUGAUGAAAUGGGAAGAUCACCGUCUCAGCGUCCUCGUUUACAUUCGCCUACUUUGUCCGAAGAUUUUAUGUUUGCUAGAGCUUCUUUGCAUCCUGAUAGUGCCACUCAAGCAACAGCAACUUCUUCUUUUCAGCAAGUUUUUGAUUCCCGAUUGAGUCCAUGGUCUGCAACAGAAGUUCGAGGUUCUCUGGUGGGUGAUUUUAGAUGGGGUGCUCCAUCCGAAAGUGCAACUCCCCUAUCAGCUUAUCCACAAUCAGCUCUUACACCCUCAACCAGAACACAUCUUUGGCCGGAUAGCAAUGAACCUCAGUCUGCUACAACGCCAAAUAAAUCACGAUCCAGACGUCGCCAUGGUCCUGCGGUAUCAUCAGCAUGGCCAAGCAAUGGUAGUGUAUCGGCUGGAAAAUUAAGGGGCAGACCACCGAGUAAUCGUUCUGUUACUGAUGGUCCCUUCUCGACUUUCCCUGCGAAUCCUGGUUCUAUAAGGGAUACACCAACUGCCACACCUACAGUGGCGAAUUCUGAAAUUCCGAAUUUCUUUCCCGCGGGUGUCAAAGCCAAUCCACCUGUUAGCAAUUCACAAACUCAAAAUUCUAGACCAAAUCGACUUUCACUGCAAGUCCCACAAAGAAAAGGUGGCAAUGUUCGAUUAGCGACACCACCACCACCUGUCGUACUCCUGAAUGGUGAGGCCGAUACAAACAUGCAGCAUGAUUUAAUGAGCCAAUCUCAACAAACAUCGUUAAUGGAGUACUUCAACAACCCCAUCAACGGACCUUCGGACCCUAGUUUCGAACACUUUGUUAGCAUAGCUUUUCGUCAGAACGAAGAUUUUGAUCGCACCAACAUCGAUGCUCUAGAGUCUCACUUUAUAGGCGAAAUCCUCGUCGCCGAAUGGUACGAUGCAGCUGGAAACUCAAUUCAACGAUGCUCUAUAGACGAAGCAUCUAAAAUCUGCAAGCAAGUAAUCCGAAACCUCCAGGCCGAAUCUAGCAGUACAGAGGCCUUUCUCAUCAAUCUUUCAGCGCUAGCAGGCGGUCCAUUGAUGACGCGUCUUCGCGUUACAAGGAUUGAAUUUCCAGGACCACCCCUGAGAGUAGAUUAUGAAUGUCAUUGGAAAAUGAAAUUUGGCAGUCUUGAAGGAAAUUUCACAAUAAGAGCUACAGUUGUUGAAGAUGAUGGGAAGAUGGGGAUGGGGGAUGGGAUGGGGGAUGGAAGGGCAAGAGAGGAAGAGGAGGAGAGUUGGAAGGCGAAAUAUUUGAGUUUGCAGGGGCAAAUUAAGGAGAGGGAUGCGAAGGUUAGGAUGUUGAAGAGGGGCAUGGUGGAUGCAUUGGUUAUUAGUGAGGGGUGGAUUAAAGGAGGAAGUGGGUCUCAAAAUCAGGGGUAGGCAGUGGAGCGAUUGAUGGUAGGGGCUUAGAGAAUUCAACGGUCGAGCAAUCUUUUUGUUUGAAGAGAGGUGCGAGGUGUGAGGGGCUUGAGGGGCUCGGGUGGCAGGUACAAUUGCCGAAAAGGAAGGAUUUAUUUUUCGUGUGGCUGGCUUAGGCCUAGCUUUGCAUUAUACAUGUCUACUAUUUCGGAUACAGGGUGAAAAGGUAGUUGCUAGAUAUCCACAAUGCAUCGUUCAACGAAUAAA